AUGGCCGCCUGCAGCAGCGUUUUGCCAAGUGUGUGCACACUUGUUCUGUCCAUGCUGCUGCUCCUCCAGCUUCUGUUCAGUUUGAUAGUGCCAUGUAAUUCAUCUACAUCUGACUUUACCGUCAUCAGUAUAAGCAGACACGACUCCGGAUCAUGAGACUCCAGUGAUGGACGCUCAGACAGCGCGUCUUAACAUUGGCCAAAUGAAGAGACAGCGGCACGAGUGCGCGCCUACGCCGACAAGAACAAGCUCAGCUCUCACCAGACUAGAGACACAAAAUUUGUGCUUCUGCAACCACCUUUUAGUGCUUUAGUGCAGCGUCUUAUCCAAUUCAUUACUAUCCCAGAAGUGAAUUGUUCCAGAUGGCAGGGUUCUGGUGUGUCUGGGUCUGCAUAUGUUGGGGAAAGUUCUGAGGCUUUGUGCUUGAAUUACUGGGCCACUGGCCAUCCUUGCAUCGCCUACUCUUUCAGUCUGGAUGGCAAGAAUGCAGUGAUUGUGGAAUCCACAUUAAGUAUGAGAUGUGAGAUGCAUCGCUUUGACCCUAGUACUCAGUGCAAACACAGUAGUGACUCUGGAUAUGGAGCUAUCCAACACCAUCAAGCUUGGCUUGAUUGGAGGCGCCCCCGGACUUGACCUCACAGGGGAGUUUUGGGGACUAUAUCUCGCAGCCUGGUGGACAUCAUGGACUCACUGGGCCACAGCAUGGUACAUGUUCUGUGGGCAGAUCUGGAGAGUGCCGAAUGGUGUGUGUUGGAGAGUUGGGUGCAGGAUGGAACUCUGAGACUCAUUCUGACUGUACAUCUACAGUGGGUGGGGUUUGAAGUGGGUGGGACCGAGGCAGAAGUAGUGCAGUUCUGAGACAGUGUACUGAGUGCUCUGUACAGCUCAGCCUUCCGCCUAACCCACUCAGCUCCUGGGCCAGGACACACUGUACUGAAACAAGAACUUGCCAACACAUGCAGCUCAUACAAACUUACUUGGGUCAGGAUGGGUAAACAAUUCAAAUGA